CCAUUUGUGGAGAUCAACGUCAACGAGAAAGAGUUGACAGACAAAGGUUUCGAUGAGUUUAUUGGUGUCUUGAUCAAAUGCAUCAAGUUUAAAGAUGACGAGCACCCCUUGGGACGCACCAGGGUUACUGAGCUCCAUUUGCAAGGAAACCAGCUCACGCUCGAAUCACUGUCUCAGUUGGCCGAGGUAGUUGCUCUUAGUGCCGGUGACCUCCGUGAAUUAGACCUUUCCCAGAACAAGAUCCAGAUCGAGACUGCGGAAGACAUUGAGCAGUGGGUUUCAUUCCUAAAGGCGUUUGAAAACUGCUUCGUGCUCAAGAAGCUUGAUCUGGGAGGUAACCCUCUUGGAAGACUGGGCCUUGAGCACUUUGCUCGGGUCUAUCUGAAAAGUGGCCUUGACUUCUUGGAAGAUGACGCGGAUGCUCUUCUUGGCUCUGAACUAGCCGAUGAAUGUUCCCCUGUUGAGACAGUGGCUAAAUCUGGCAAGGAAAACGAGCCCAAACACCUCAAGAAGAAAUCCCCCCACAAGGGAAAAGGUGCCCGGCAGAGCAGCCACACUCAUGUUGACCCGACAGGUAUCAAGAAGCACGCAUGCACGCGCGGUCUUCGCUCCAUUCCAUACCUUGUCUUGUCGGACAUUGGAUUGUCAAGUACCGGCGCCCUCCACCUCAUGAGCAUGCUCAAUGUUCAACGAACUCGAGAGCAACUCCUCAAAUAUCUCCCUUCGGGUAAACCGAAAGGACUACCUGGCAGCGAGGCCCUGUGCAAGAGCAUAAUUUGGCGCCCUAAUGAUACCCUUGAUGCUCACACGCAGCGAUUGCUCGAGGUUUCUGAAGCCCUUCGCGACAUGAAGUCUGACUCCGAUUCCGAAGAAGAAGAUGUGAAUGACGAGGAUGAUGCAGAGAAGACUGCACAAAACAAGCUUCAGAACGAUUUGAAGGGAGAGUACAGUCGUAAAAGCAAGCGUGUCCGCCUCCAGGCACUCAAGGAAGACGGGGUGCAUGGCAGCACUAUUUGGGGCACUGCGUUGAAGAUGAUGCUUGUUUCUAGGGUGAUUCUGCUCGAUGGCCAGGAACAUCCGAAGGAGGUGUCCGAGGCCCAAGACGACAAGGGGAAGAACGAGAGGGAUGAUGAAGGAGAUAACGAUAGCGAAGGCGCAAACGAGGACUCAUCGGAGACACCCACCUUCUCUCACAUCGAGAACCGAGCCACCGGUCCGUUCCAUCCAAGUGCGCAGGCUUUCAAUUUCGACUUCCCCACGCUGCAGGAGGCCCAUGAACCAUUCGUCUCAGAGGGAGCGGCCAGCCAGGACGAAGCGAAGAAUCCUCCUUCUGGGGAGCAGACCCCGCAUCAGAGUUCUCUGGCUCUCCGCGCCGCCCGAAAGUUGCCACGCGAUCUUCCCUUUGACUUGUUGCGGCGAGUGAUAGCUGAGGCCGUUGGCGCCGACGGGAUCUUGGAUCACGAUCAGCAGGAACGCAUCAUAGAAUAUGGUGCUAGCUGGCAGGCCUUGGCCAACGAGUUGAAGUUUCAGGGGGCAGAGGAGCACCAGCAGAUCUGGAAGCUCCUCGACACCUUGAAAUGCUUCGAAUACACC